CCGUUCCGACGCGGGGGAACCCACGUGGGAUGAAAACGACCUGAAAGCGACACAAAAAACAUCAAAAAACGUUCCAGUAGAAACGUGUUGCUUCCUUGGAUUUGCAGGAUGUUCAGGCUUCUUGACUUCCGUUUUGCAUUAGGCUUGCUGAGAUUGUCGUUUGCAGUGGGUGAACCCGGGUGAACCUCUUAAAUCUUUUGCUAUGAUGAAGAGAACCAGGGCCGAAAUGGUUCUGCUUCCGUUCGAAUCGGGUGAACAUUUAGAAGACCUUCCAACACCUUCAAAUCCGACCAUCACACCCUGAGACGCGACAAGGGCGAGCGACAGUGUCCCCUGCCUUGGAGCCAUUCUGGAUCGAUGUCAUCGAAGUGUUACAGACGCCGGGCCGCUGUGUUUCUGUGUCUGGCUCUCUUCAGCUUUGCCAACCAACAAACCAGAGAAGACGCCCUUGCGGUCGGAACGGCCGUCGCUGCCGUCCCUUUGUGUGCGAUGCCGCCCGUUUCGGCGGUGGGAGGGCUCAACGCCUUCGGCCUUGGACUGUUCAAACUCCUGUCCAAAAAAGAUGCAGAGAAUGUGCUCAUCUCGCCCAUGUCCUUGUCAGUGUGUUUGUCAAUGGUGGCCGCUGGAUCAACGCCAGACUCCACCACUGAAAAGGAGUUCUUGUCGGUGCUGGGUGGCCACAUGGCGUCCCUGCCGAAGACCUCGGCCCAGAUGGCCAACUCUGCCUGGGUGCGCUCAGCCAUCAAACCCGAGUACAUCGAGGCAAUCAAGAAGGACUUUGAAGCUGAGGCUUUGCCUUUAACGGAUCCGGAUCCAGCACCUAUCAACAAAUGGGUGAGUGAGAGGACUUCGGGUCUCAUUCCGGAGCUCUUCUCGGGGCCCUUGGACCCCCUGACGGUGCUGGUGCUGGUGAAUACCAUCUUCUUCAAAGGAUCUUGGGCGACGGUCUUUGACUCGGCCAACACCAAAAGCGGCGAAUUCCGUGGCUUUGCGUCGAAGAUGCCCUGCGACAUGAUGUGGAAGAAAGAAAAGAAGCUUGGCUAUACUGACAUGCCUGGCUAUCAAGCAGUGCAACUGCCCUACAGCGACAAGUCCACCUUUGCCACAGUGAUCCUUCCAAAGGAGGAAGGGCCUGCAGGUCUUGAAAAGUUGGUGGAGGACUUUGAUUGGAAACAGCUCUUGGGCUUCAUGGAGCCGAGCGAGGUGGAGCUCCGGCUACCCCGCUUCAAGGUCAGCGCUGGAGGCUCCAUGUCAGAUGCCUUGAAGGCCCUGGGUAUCAAGGAAGCGUUCGAGAGCAAGAACGGAUUCCUGAGAAUGUCUGAUGAUCCAUUGGUUUACUUGAAUGAUGUGGUGCACAAGGCCACCGUUUUGGUCAACGAGGAGGGCACCGUGGCGGCCGCUGCCACCGGUGCUGUGAUGGCCACGCGCUGCCUGCCGCCACCGGCAAUGAAGGUGUCCGGACGUGGCCCUUUUGGGGCGAAGAUGGUAUCGUUUGGCACCGGUGAUCCAAAUGGUCGUGAGAGAUGAGACCCUGAAUCUAUGAUCAUUUAUAGAAGAUUCUAUGAUACUCCGUUGUGAUAUAAGCAUAUUAUUAGCAUAUAUUACAUAGCCAUGUUAUUUAAAUUUGAGUUUGUUCUAAUGUGUUCUGGGAUGUACUGAGGCACAGCUGAGGUUGCGAGUGUUGAUUGGCGUUCAAUAGGUUGAAUUGGCAUUGCCUGCAUAGAGUGAUCAUUGUUCUGCCAGGUACCUUUAUCACCUUCUAGUCAAAGAGAAUGUGUAAGACCAACUCCUCCUACACCUUGGUUGGGCAUAUGAUGCAAACCGUGUGAACACGCAGCUAUUCUAUCCUAUUCUGCCCAACAUCGCCCAACACACCGUCACGUGCAGCCCGCAGAACUGAUCGGACGGAACUCUUCCUUUCAGGUGACGGUGGACAGACCCUUCCUCUUCGUGAUCAGAAGCUUUGACAGCAACUUUUGCAAGAGUAGGUGUUUAAAAGUUUUGCUUUAGGCACUUCAUGCACUUCACGGCUGCUUUCAAGCAACACAUCAAACCGGCGACACGCUCCCCACUCCCCAGUCCUUGACUUCUUGAUCCACUUCUUUGGCUUCUUUGGAACAACAAACCCGCUCCGGGCCCUUUUAGAGGCGACGCAGAUGGCUCCCUGCUUUUCAUUGGAAAGGUGGUGGUCCCGGAGCUUACGGGCAUUGACGCGAGCCUCAAAGGAGGCUACAAGGCCUAGAUUGCCUAGAUGGCACGCCGCGACGCAGUCUGCUCCGACGAACGCGUGUUCGUUGGUCUGAAGCAGACUGCGUUGUAAGAGACUCACAAACAACCCCCCCUCAAAUGAGCUCAACAAGGUUGGAAGAGGGCCGCAAGGGAUGAACGAGUGGCAUGGGAGUCCAUGUGAUCGUUUGCGCA